AAAAUUCGUGACUAUGAGAGCUUCAAAAUGACAACUUUACUCAUACCCAACGUCAUGGUGGGUCUGCGCCACAUCUGGACUAUGUCCAGCUACUAUUGCCGCGACGACAAAAUGCAGAUUUUACUCUGCCAAAUUUCCAACGUCUUCAUACAGAAAGUCAAGCGCAUCGUUUGCUUCGAGCACAUAUUCAGUCGCUCUGCCAAAUAUACCUAUGAGACGGCCACCAAUUGUGCAAAUUUGUUGCUGUGCUGGAAGACCGCUUACCUCGCUAGCCGUUCGUAUAUCGAAAGUUCCGGCGUUGGUUCACGUUGGGAAUUCGAUCGACAGACACUCUUCUCCGAAGUCGAUCACAUUUGUCACAUCAGUCAGGAUAUUGCCUACAUUGGACGCGUUUUCAUUCAAUAUGAAAAUCUCUUCGGCCACAGGCUCAAAGCACUAAUUACAGACCCGUCAAUUGUAGAUGAUUUGAUGAAGAAAGUCUAUCGCUUGUUAGACGAUAUGUUAUCCAGUGUAGACUACGAUAUUUUUAGACCCGGCAACUUUGAAAAUUGGGAGGACACACUUGAGACAUUCAAUCGCCGGCUGGAGAACGUUGAGUCUGAUGCAAAGUCUGUAAUUGAACGCAGCAUAAAUACCUUGCGUUCAUCCGAUAUGGGUCUGGAGCUAAUUAAGACAAUCAAUGAAAUAGACACACGCAAGGAGCUCGCUGAAUUCAUAUCGACAAAACAUGAAAAUAUUCUACGAUUUUUCCAAACGGAAAUAAACUCGGUGGAAUUCACAUAUACGAAAAAUCGCAAAAAUCCACCAAUCGGUAAGCACCAGCCAUUCCGGAUCGGCUGUAUUCAGUGGGCGCGACUGUUGACCAAUAAACUAAAAGUCUCUGUGUUGGCAUUCAAAAGGAUGGCAGAUGAACCGAAUCUAAAGAACAGUUAUGUCAAGCGGAGCGCUUUCAAGCAGUACUUUGAAUUGGUCAAUAAAAUGUAUCUUUUCGAGAAGGAUAUGUUCGACAAGUACACUGCAAAAGGGACUUACAUGGUUAACGCUGUCUUCCGGAAAAAUAUAUUGUGCAUACGAAUUAAGAAUCCUAAAUUAUUUGAGUACAUUUCAGAAUCGCAGGAAACUCUGCAUUCAAAGCGCAAAAAACCUGAAGAAGGCGAACAAGGCGCAUCGCAGCAAAUGGGACACGCAGAAGCUGGCUUCGUUCGUAAGAUAACCAAAUUUACUGUAUUUGCCACACUUGUACAAUGGCUAGUUAAUCGACCAUACGAAAGUAACAUACAAGUACAGAAAGCCAAAGCGUUUGUCAAGGCAAUUAAGGCGAAGAAAAAUCUUACCGAGAAAGAUAAAUUUUGUCUAAAGAUUUCCGAAUUGCUUGUACGCGCCGAACAACAGGACGGCUUACCUACUUGGCGUGAACUAGUUGGUGAUCGCAUUCUAAUUGAAUUCGAAAUGCAAUUUUGUGUGAAUCUAACGAGAGAAAUAUUUGAGGUCAUGUUCGAAGGCCAGCAAUUUGAACAUUUCGGCUAUUUACUACCAAACGUGCUACGCACUGCCAUUAUGAAAAAAGAGAUGCUCUUCAACGAUUUUGAGGCUGUAGAAAAUAUCAUCGCUAGAUACAAUGCCAUUAUUGAUGGACUAGUGUUAUCCGAGGUUAAUUUCCUGCGCGACCACCUAUACGAGACCGAAAUCGUCAUACAAACCGGCAUCGGCCGUUAUACCUGGCAAUCAUUUAAUAUUCUAAAAUAUUGCGAUUCUGUCAACACAUUGAUACGCAAACUUACCUCAAUUGUAUCGCAAAUUAAUUUUAUACGUCUGGAUAUAAAAGGCCGCAUCGAUCGCAUUAAACAAUUCAAUCUCUUUGUUAUACACGAUCGCACUGGUAUAGAUCGUUUACCCAGAGCGUCAGAUGUACAAUUUCAUUGUGAAUCAAAUGAAACAACAAUUAGUGGUCAAACUGAUAGGCAAAGCUAUCGUCCAGCUUCAGCAGUGAAAAUAAUACACCUGAAAGAGGAGGAAGCCGAACUAACACAACAGGAGAGUGAAUGCGGCAAGGAUAUGUAUCAUUUUCAGGGUUACGUUGAGAAGUUGGAACAAUCGCGCAAUGAAAAGUGUGCACAUAUGAAGAAGCUAUACGACUCUAUUGGACCGGUACUGGUCAAGUUGGAGAGUCUGGUGUUGGGCACUUUCACUGGACGAUCGGAGAAGAUGCGCGGUUACUACACAUAUUGGGAAGAGAUGACCUAUCAGUGCAUUUUGGACAACACGUACCGUAAUCUUAAAUGCUACAUAGAGCGCUUGUUAGGCGAUGCGCCCAUGUUCGAAGUAAACGCAGUCAUGAUGAUGUCCGAAAUAGUGCUGGAGCCGACAGCUUCGGAGAUGCAGAACAUAAUGCUGCAAUCGGCAAAAGAUUAUCUAGAGAGGAUCCACAUCUACACACGCUGGAUGGAUGGCACUUGCUUGCCAUGCGCGCCCAUCAACGACGAAUAUGGCGACAAGUACAUCUUCACCUUCUACGAGGAUGUCAUCAAGGUACGCGAUAUCAGCCAUUUGAUCGUACGCGUCCAGGAGGUCGCCAACGCUUUGGUGUACGAGUGCAAGGUCGUUAUUUCCAAAUUCAAGCAAUAUUUCUACUUGUGGGCUUUCGACAAACGCGCCAUUGCUGAGAAAUUUAUUAAUCGUGGCAUGCCACUUGUGACACUCGAUGAGAAAUUUACAUUUUUCGCCAAUAUUAUUGAGGAGUUGCAAUUGAUGCCGCCCUAUUGGAAUAUCAAAAGCAUACAAAUUAAUUUGAAGAAAUUGAUAGACAGCAUAUGCCAGCAUGCGCAACAAUGGCGGGCCACACUUGGCGAGCUGCUGGCGAAGAAAGCAUCGGAAAAUAUUAUAAAUUUGCGAAAUGAAUUCAAAGAACUCCGUUUUAAUUUGGAUAAGACAACUAAAGAGCUAGCUGACUUUAAAUUAGUCAUGCAAACAAUCUCGACAAUUCAAACAAAAACACUGACCUACGAACAACGGAUCCAUGAACUACAAGAAACCUAUACCGUGCUAGCCGAACACAAUAUAAAGUUCAACUUUGACGACCUCCUGAUGGCACAUCACCUAGAGAAACGUUGGAAUCGUCUCUUCCGUUCAUCACUCUUCCGCAUGGAUAAGGUGCAACCAAUUAAACAGAAAUUCGCCGAUUUGACAUCCGUUGAAAUUUCAACAUUCUGGGCAGAGCUGGAGGCAUUCAUCAAGGACUUUGAAGAGAACGGGCCCGGCUCAGUGGGUUCAGACCUGGAUAAAGGGAGCAAGCUGAUGGACGUCUACGGCGCCAAAUUGAAUUCGUACGAAGAGCGGCGCAUUGAAUUGUCCAAUGCGGAGAAACUUUUCGAUAUGCCAAUGGCCGAUUACAAUGACUUCUCAAGAAUCAAGUCCGACUACGAAGGCAUGAUAUUGGUGUACAAGCUGUACAACGCCUAUAAGACUGGAAGAGAAGUUUGGUCCAAGACAUUAUGGGCCGAUUUGGAUCCGCAAAUACUAACGGAGGGCAUCGAAAGUUACUUAAAAGAGUUUCGAAAAUUACCAAAAUCGGUUCGUAUGCUACCUUCUGGCCAAAUGCUCGAGUUGAGUAUGAAACAAUUCAAGAAUACCGUACCACUUAUGGUCAGCUUAAAGAAUGAGGCACUGCGUGAACGCCAUUGGAUGCAAUUGAUGGAGAAGACGGGCCAGCACUUCGAUAUGGCGCCAGCGCGUUUCACACUAGAGAAUAUGUUUGCAAUGAAAUUACACGAGUAUCAGGAAAUUGCUGAGCAAAUUCUAAAUAAUGCCAUCAAAGAGUUGGCCAUUGAACGUGGCGUCAAAGCAGUCGAAGACACUUGGGCUACUAUGGCUUUCAAGGUGCAUAAGCAUUACAAAGGCAACGAAGAUCGUGGCUAUACAUUGGGUUCAGUGGAAGAAAUCGUAUUGACUUUGGAGGAUAACGCAACUAACCUGCAAUCAAUGGGUGCUUCACAGUUCAUUGGACCAUUUCUGGAGACUGUCAAUAAAUGGGAGCGCUUGUUGUCCUUGAUCGGUGAAAUUAUUGACGAGUGGCAGGUGGUGCAACGCAAGUGGCUAUAUCUGGAGGGCAUCUUCAUUGGCGGUGAUAUUCGUGCACAAUUGCCAGAGGAGGCAAAGAAAUUCGAUGACAUUGACAAAGCAUAUCGUAGGAUUAUGGUUGACUGUGCCAAGAAUCCAUUGGUGGUGCCACUGUGCUCGGUGCCUGGCCGUUUGCCCGAAAUUCAAGGACUCGGCAUCGGUUUGGAGAACUGUCAGAAGUCAUUAAACGAAUAUUUGGAAUCGAAAAGACGUAUAUUUCCGCGAUUUUACUUCAUUUCCACGGAUGAGUUGCUUUCGAUUUUGGGCAGCAGCGAACCAUCGGCUGUGCAAAAUCACAUUAUCAAGAUGUACGAUAACAUUAAGUCACUGCGCUUCUCCAAGGACAAUUCGGAUCAGCCCAUCGUGACUGCAAUGAUAUCCAGCGAGGGUGAGGUGAUGGAAUUCCGCCAUAGCGUGCGCGCUAAGGGUCGCGUUGAGAACUGGAUGUGCGACGUGCUGGAUGAGAUGCGACGCUCAAAUCGUUUCAUCACCAAGCGUGCCAUCUAUGACUUUGGCAUUGAUCUGGAAAUAACAAGGCCCGACUGGAUGCUGAACUAUCAAGGCAUGGUGGGGCUUGCCGCUUCACUUGUGUGGUGGACAGCCGAGGUGGAGGAGGCAUUCGACCAGGCUACCAAUCAUCACAAUAUGCGCGCCAUGAAGGAUUUCCUCGAAAAGCAGAAUCAUCAAAUCGAAGAGCUGGUCAUUAAGGUGCGCUCAAAUUUGACGCGUAACGAUCGUCUCAAAUUCAAAACUAUCACCACAAUCGAUGUGCAUGCACGCGAUAUAAUCGAGGCUUUCGUGCGUGAUAACAUUCUGGACGCAAGCGAAUUCAGUUGGGAGAGUCAAUUACGUUUCUAUUGGCUGAAAUUGUACGACAAUCUGUAUGUCGUUCAGUGUUCAGGCCAAUUCGAAUAUGGUUAUGAAUAUAUGGGCUUGAAUGGGCGUUUGGUCAUCACGCCGCUAACGGAUCGCAUUUAUUUGACUAUAACACAGGCGUUGCUUAUGAAUUUGGGUGGCGCACCGGCUGGACCUGCUGGCACUGGUAAAACGGAGACCGUUAAAGAUUUGGCCAAGGCUAUGGCGCUGCUGUGUGUUGUCACCAAUUGUGGUGAAGGCAUGGACUUCCGCGCUGUGGGUACAAUUUUGUCCGGUUUGUCGCAAUGCGGUGCCUGGGGUUGUUUCGACGAAUUCAAUCGCAUCGAUGUGUCUGUGUUGAGCGUAAUUUCUACCCAGCUGCAGACGAUAAGGAAUGGAUUGAUAAGGAAACUAGAUCGUAUUAUUUUCGAAGGCAGUGACAUCAAACUCGACCGCAAGGUGGGCGUCUUUGUCACCAUGAAUCCCGGCUAUGCAGGCCGUACGGAGUUGCCGGAAUCAGUGAAAGCGCUCUUCAGGCCGGUGACCUGCAUUAAACCGGAUUUAGAGUUGAUCUGCUUAAUAUCGCUUUUCUCUGAUGGAUUUUUAACAGCCAAAGUUCUGGCAAAGAAAAUGACAGUACUCUACAAGCUGGCUGAGGAGCAACUCUCCAAGCAAUGCCAUUACGAUUGGGGUUUGCGUUCGCUAAAUGCGGUGCUGCGUAUGGCAGGCGUAAUGAAACGUACGUCGGAGGAUCUACCUGAGGCUGUUGUACUAAUGCGUGUGUUGCGUGACAUGAACUUUCCGAAGUUUGUCUUUGAGGAUGUGCCUUUGUUUUUGGGGCUUAUUAAGGACUUAUUCCCCGGCAUUGACUGCCCACGAAUUGGAUACCCGGACUUCAAUGCUGCCGUGCGGCACACGCUCGUCAGCGACGGCUAUGUACUUUUAGCAGAUCAGGAGGAUAAAGUGGUGCAAAUGUAUGAGACCAUGAUGACCCGACACUCGACUAUGAUUGUUGGUCCAACAGGUGGUGGCAAGACUGUCGUCAUAAAUACACUAAUUAAGGCACAAUGCCACAUGGGCUUGCCCACCAAGUGCACCGUACUUAACCCCAAGGCCUGCUCGGUAAUCGAAUUAUAUGGUUACCUCGAUAUGGAUACACGCGAUUGGAUUGAUGGAUUAUUUUCGAAUAUUUUCCGUGAGAUGAAUAGACCGACCGAGCGAGAGGAACGACGGUACGUCUGCUUCGAUGGGGACGUGGACGCGCUGUGGAUUGAGAACAUGAACUCGGUUAUGGAUGAUAAUAAGCUGUUGACAUUAGCGAAUGGCGAACGCAUCAGAUUGGAAAGUUACUGCGCGCUGCUAUUUGAGGUCGGCAACUUGUGGUAUGCCUCGCCAGCCACUGUUUCUCGCGCUGGCAUGGUUUAUGUGGAUCCGAAAAAUCUGCGCUUCGCGCCCUACUGGCAACGCUGGCUGUUGACACGCCCUGAAGGCGAGCACGAGAUAUUGAAUGAUUUUUACGAGAAAAUAAUUGUGCAAUCGAUUGCUUUCAUCUUGGAGGGUGUAGAUGGCACCUCCCAGGGCAAUCCUUUGAAAAUGGUCAUUCCACAAACGGAAUUGAAUAUGGUGGUGCAAUUUUGCUACAUGUACGAUGCUCUGCUGCCCGUGUACACAAAUGUGGAUGACAUAGCAACGGAAGCACCGGAGGCGACUAUGUACGAUCAAGAUUCGAUUGAGUGUGGAUUUAUACAGUGCGUUUAUAAUUCACUGGGAGCUACACUGAUUGAAGGAGACAAACCAAUUUACGAUGAGUUCGUGAAACGCAUUGCUGGCUUCCCUGCCGUAACAGAUACGCCGGAAAAGCCAGCAACCGGGGGACAACUACCCAACAGUAAGCCUACACUUUACGAAUAUUUCUAUAGCCGCGAGAAGGCUUGUUGGAUCGCUUGGGAAUGGAUGGUGCCUGAGUAUGUCCACGAUCCUGAGAUGAGAUUUAGUGAAAUUGUCGUGCCAACUGUUGAUAGCACACGCACCACUAGAACGCUGGCAUUGAUGAGUGAGAUCAAGCGGCCGGUGCUGCUUGUCGGCGAAGCGGGUACUUCAAAGACUGCCAUGAUUUCACAGUAUUUACGUAAUUUAAAUCCAGAUUCAAAUAUCAUACUGAAUAUUAAUUUUUCAUCGAGAACUUCAUCAAUGGAUGUGCAGCGUACGCUCGAGGCGGCUGUGGAAAAGCGCACAAAGGACACUUUUGGCCCACCAAUAGGCAAGAAGAUUGCCUGCUUUAUAGAUGACAUGAAUAUGCCACAAGUUGAUGAAUACGGCACUCAACAGCCAAUUGCAUUGCUUAAACUACUUUUCGAACGCGAUGGCAUGUACGAUCGUGGCAAGGACUUGAAUUGGAAAAGGUUCAAGGACCUCACCUUCUACGCGGCCAUGGGUUGUGCCGGUGGCGGACGCAACGAAGUCGAUCCACGUUUCAUAUCCAUGUUUGCCGUCUUCAACAUUGUCUUCCCCAAUGAUGAAUCGCUGCAGCAAAUCUACGUUUCCAUAUUCAAAGGACAUUUGAAGCAUAGCAGCGCAUUUAAAGCUGAAAUGCUGCCGAUGGCAGAUUAUGUGGUCAGCAUGACGUUGCGUUUAUUUAAGGUUGUUAUUGUGGAAUUGCCGCCAACACCAUCGAAAUUCCAUUAUAUCUUCAACUUGAAGGAUCUGUCGCGCAUCUUCGCCGGCAUGCUAUUGAUUCAUUCGAACUACUUUCAUGACCUGCGUGACUUGAUACGCGUUUGGCGUAAUGAAUUUUCCAGAAUUAUUUGCGAUCGAUUAAUUUCGGAUAAUGAUGUCGACUUAAUGAGAAAGCACAUCGAACGAGAGGUGGAUGAGACAUUCCCACCGGGUUUCGAGGAGGAUUACGGUUUCAUAGAUCCAGAUGCAGUGGCUAAAGAACAACAAGACCUACUAGCAAUGAAUCCCGAUGAGGAGCCAGUGAUUGUAACAUUCCACGACUACGUUUUCCGUGAUCCUUUACUCUUUGGAGAUUUCCGAAAUGCAAUGAAUGAAUCUGAACCGCGUUUUUAUGAGGACUUGGUAGACUACAGUGCCGUACAUGCACUUUUCGAAGAGAUACUCGAAGAAUACCAAGAGCGCAGAGGCAAAAUGAAUCUGGUGCUAUUCGAAGAUUGUUUGGAGCAUUUGACGCGCGUCCAUCGCACUUUGCGCAUGCAUCGCGGCCAUGUAAUGGUAAUUGGCGUAGGCGGCAGUGGCAAGAAGUGCAUUACACGCUUAUCAGCAUUCGCAGCAGAAUGUGAGGUUUUCGAAAUAACUGUGGCGCGCGGCUACAAUGAAACCACAUUCCGUGACGAUCUUAAGCGACUCUACACUAUGGUGGGCGUUGAGCGCAAGAAGACGGUUUUCCUUUUCACAGCCGCACAAAUUGUUGAAGAAGGUUUCUUGGAGCUGAUAAACAACAUCCUGACAAUCGGUCAAGUGCCAGCACUCUUUGCGGAUGACGAGAAGGAUGCUGUUGUAUCAUCAUGCCGCGUAGCUGCAGAAGAAGCCGGCUACACGGCUUCCAAGGACUCCGUUUGGUUAUACUUCUUGCGUACAUGUGCCGAAAAUCUGCAUGUGUCGCUGUGUAUGUCACCAUCCGGCGAAACGCUUCGCAAUAGAUGUCGAAACUUCCCCGGUCUAAUUGGCAGUACUUACAUCGAUUGGGUAUUUCCAUGGCCACAGCAAGCUUUAACGGCCGUCGCAACGCUUUUCCUUUCGCAACAUCAGAUGAUUCCUGUCGAGCACCGUGAUGCUAUUAUAGAUCACGUCGUUCAUGUACAUACCACCAUACAAAUGUACUCGCGCGAAUAUUUGCUCAAGCUGCGCCGUAACAAUUAUGUCACACCGAAACAUUAUCUGGACUUCAUCAACACCUACUUACGAUUGCUAGAGGAACGCAACAACUUUAUUAGCAUGCAACGCAACCGCCUCAAGGAGGGCAUUUCGAAGAUCGAUGAUGCUGCCAAGCAGAUCGAAGAACUUCGUUUGAUCGUCAGCGAGCAGAAAGCCAAUGUGGCCAAGGCAUCGAAGGAGUGCGAAGCUAUGUUGGUGGACAUCGAAGAGUCAACACAGAAGGCGAACGUGAAGAAAGCGGAGGCAUCAGAAAAAUCGAUUGAAGUCGAGAUUAAGGGUAAACAAAUCGCCAUAGAAAAAGAGGAUGCCGAAGAGGCGCUCGCCGAAGCUAUGCCGGCACUGGAGGAGGCGCGACGUGCGCUUGCCGAUCUCGACAAGGCGCAAAUAACUGAGAUUCGUUCUUUUGCUACGCCACCGCCGCAAGUGCAAGUUGUUUGCGAAUGUGUGGCUAUUUUAAAGGGACUCAAGGAGAUCAAUUGGAAGUCUGCGAAAGGCAUGAUGUCCGAUGUGAGUUUCCUCAGGAGUUUAAUGGAAAUGGACUGUGAAGCACUAACGGCUAAGCAGAUAAAUGCAUGUCGUGCACACAUGAAGGGUUCGAAUUUGGAUGACAUGGAUAAAAUAUCCAUAGCAGGUGCGGGACUUUUGAAAUUUGUGCGUGCCGUGAUUGCCUUCUACGAAGUUUACCGCGAGGUGAAGCCUAAAAAGGACCGCGUCGACUUUUUGGUGCAGGAGCAAGAAAUACAAAUCAAGCUGCUGAAUCAUCUUAAUCAAGAAAUCGUUAAGCUGGAAGGGCAGCUCGAUCAGCUAAAUCACCGCUAUGCGGAAUCGAUGAAACAAAUGAAGGCACUGACGGAAAUGAUGCGGCAGGCCGAACGUAGAUUGAUCGCUUCGAAUAAACUCAUCAGCGGCUUGAGCUCUGAGCGCAGUCGCUGGGCAGAGGAUAUGGAGAAUUUCCGCAAACAAAAAAUCAACAUGAUCGGACAAUGUUUAUUGUGUGCCUCUUUCCUCGCCUAUACUGGCGCAUUUUCUUGGGAAUUCCGCACAGCCAUGGUUAUUGGAGACUGGCUAAAGGAUGUACAAAACCGUUUGAUUCCCGUACCCUCGCCCUUCCGCAUCGACGACAGUCUCACAACAGACGUUGAAGUCUCCACAUGGAGCUCGGAGGGUCUACCACCAGAUGAACUCUCUGUACAAAAUGGCAUAUUAACUGUGCGCGCUUCUCGUUUUCCGCUUUGCAUUGAUCCUCAGUUGCAAGCGCUACACUGGAUACGGAAACGCGAAGCACGUCAAAAUCUAAAAACUCUCUCCUUCUCCGAUAGUGAUUUCUUGAAGCAGCUUGAAAUGGCAUUAAUGUAUGGCUACCCGGUGCUGUUCGAAGAUGUCGACGACUAUAUCGAUCCGGUUAUCGAUAAUGUGCUCAGCAAGGAUGUCCAAGUGGUUAGUGGACGCAAAUUCAUUGUACUGGGCGACAAGGAGGUAGACUUCGAUCCAAAUUUUCGUUUAUAUUUGACUACGAAAUUUGCCAAUCCUAAAUUUGAUCCCGCCGUAUUUGCCAAAGCGAUGGUCAUUAACUACACAGUCACACAGGCGGGUCUAGAAGACCAGCUGUUGAGUGUUGUGGUACGUUCCGAACGACCUGAUUUGGAACAACAGCGUGAGUCGCUCAUAGCGCAGACAAGCGAAAACAAGCAGUUGCUGCAGCAACUGGAGGACUCCUUACUACGUGAAUUGGCCACCUCCACGGGCAAUAUGCUGGAUAACGUUGAGCUAAUUGAAACUUUGGAGAAUACCAAAACGAAGGCGGCUGCAGUUUCCGAACAACUACAACUAUCGGCAGAGACCAGCAAGGAUAUUGAGAAGCUACGUAACGGCUAUAGACCGGUGGCUAUUCGUGGCGCAGUGCUAUUCUUUGCACUCUCCGAUAUGUCUACCGUGAAUAGCAUGUAUCAGUAUGCGCUUGCCGCCUACUUGGAUGUAUUUGGCUAUUCUCUACGCAAAUCUGUGCCAGAUACAGUGCUCGCUAAACGGCUGAGCAAUAUAAUAAAGACUUUGACAGAGAAUGUCUACAUUUAUGGCUGCACAGGCUUCUUCGAACGACACAAACUGCUCUUCUCCUUCCAGAUAGCGACAAAGCUUGCAAAAAGUGGUGGCGAACUGACGCAAACUGAAUUGGAUUUCUUUAUAAAAGGUGCCAUUACAUUGACGAAGAGUGAGCGUGCCUGCCCGGUCAAGUGGUUGGCCGAUAAAAACUGGGAGGAUUUGUUGAAAUUGGCUGCUGAUUUUCCGGAGCAAUUCGGCGCGCUACCGGAUAGCUUGGGGCGCCUGGCGGAGGAAUGGAAGCAGUGGUUUGAUUUGGAGAAUCCGGAAGAAAUGCCAUGUCCGGGCGAGUACAACAUGAAAUGUAAUCCAUUCCAGAAAUUAAUGUUCCUGCGGUGCUUCCGUGUCGAUCGAAUUUUCCGUGCAAUAAAUGAAUACAUCGUGGACACCAUGGAUGAGUACUACAUCACGCCACCAGUGAUUAGUUUUGCCAACAUCUACGAGCAGACCAAUUGCAACAUGCCCGUUUGCUUUAUACUCAGCGCUGGAUCGGAUCCUACGAAUGAUUUAAUGAAAUUGGCUGACUUGGUUGGCGUAGGCAUGGGCAAUUUUUGUCACAUCUCACUGGGACAAGGCCAAGAGAAGAACGCUAUCAAUUUACUUGACAAAUCAAUUCGCCAAGGCUUUUGGUUGAUGCUGCAAAAUGGUCAUCUACUCAUCAGCUUCGUACGUUCCUUAGAGAAAUAUCUCGAAAAAAUCGAAUCACCACAUCCAGAUUUUCGUUUGUGGAUAACCACUGAUCCGACACCGUCCUUUCCAAUUGGCAUACUGCAGAAAUCACUAAAAGUUGUAACAGAGCCACCGAAUGGCUUAAAGUUAAAUUUGCGCUCAACAUUUUUAAAAAUGCGCCAGGAACGUUUAGAAGCAUGCUCACUUAAGGCAUUCCGUCCACUUGUCUACGUCUUGGCCUUCUUCCAUGCGGUUGUGCAGGAGCGCCGGAAGUAUGAUAAAAUGGGUUGGAAUAUCUGCUAUGAUUUUAAUGAAUCCGAUUUUGAUGUCUGUCUGGAAAUAUUGACAACGUAUCUAAACAAAGUCAACGAGGAGACUGGAAAAGUGCCAUGGAACAGUUUGAAAUAUCUGAUUGGAGAGGUCAUGUACGGCGGUCGCGUUAUCGAUGAUUUCGAUCGCCGCAUUACACGCAUUUACAUGGAUGAAUAUAUGGGUGAUUUCCUCUUUGACACCUUCAAUCCAUUCCAUUUCUAUCAUGAUGAAAACGUGGACUACCACAUACCAGAGGAGGAUGUAGUGUUGAAAGAAGAUUUUGUAGCUCACAUUGAUAAGUUGCCGCUCGUCAAUAAACCGGAUGUAUUUGGUUUGCAUCCAAAUGCGGAAAUUGGUUAUUAUACACAGUCGGCGCGCAGCAUCUGGAAUCAUUUGAUCGAUUUGCAACCGCAGACAG